CAACAAAGUAAUAGAUUUACAUAGAAAAUUUGGAUAUGUGGCCUUAGUAGCCGGUCCGUAAGCUAGCAGAGGAUUCUCGGAGUAGUCGAAUCCUCACUGAAGAAGGUUUUCCGGAAUUUCCACGGUUGUUCCGGGAGUUUUCCGGUUCCAUCGUUAGUUAAGUAGAAUGUUAAAUAUCGCAAAAAGAUUCCUCGCCAAUGAACUCUUUGCUAGCGCGACAGGAUAUGCUCGGAGAAAUGUGCGGCUUCGACAAAUCCAGCACAGCGCCGUGUGGUGCAAGCGACGUAAAACGGCCGAGGAGAAGAACGCCAUCGAGUUUGCCCCGAAGAAAAAGAACAAACCUCAGAUGAGCGGAGUGGUGGAUAUCUGGAGAAACAUGACGGUCUCUGAACUCGCUCGCUCUUGCCAGCUUGAGCUGGAGCACAUCCAGGAGGUGAUGCUGUAUGUGAAGGGAAUCGGAAGCAUCGAGAGCCAGGCACGGUUAGAGGAUCCACGGGUGAUCAAGGAGAUUGCUAGUAAAUGUGGCUUCAAGACGAAGAUUGUGGCAGCUCCGGCAGUGGAAGAGGAAGUGCAGAAGGAUCGUGAUGUGGUACCGCGUCCACCGCCUGCUCCGGAGAACCUGAAAGAUCGUCCACCCGUGGUGACGGUUAUGGGACACGUAGAUCACGGAAAAACGACUCUACUUGAUUCGUUACGUGGUGCUUCGGUGGCUGCUGGUGAAGCUGGAGGCAUUACGCAACACAUCGGCGCCUUUACAGUCGAACUGGACAACGGUGAGAAGGUUACCUUUCUGGACACUCCGGGCCACGCAGCGUUUAGUGCGAUGCGUGCACGAGGUGCAUAUUUAACGGACAUCAUUGUGCUGGUCGUUGCUGCUGAAGAUGGUGUAAUGGAGCAAACGAAGGAAGUUCUCCGAUUAGCCAAGGAACAAUCGGUACCGAUCAUAGUAGCCAUCAAUAAGAUCGAUAAACCGGGAGCGAAUAUUGAGCGCGUAAAGAAGGAACUCGCUCAGUACGGACUUGCGAUAGAGGGCUACGGAGGGGAUACGAUUGCUGUCGGUGUAUCUGCUCUGCAUGGAACCAACCUGGACGAGCUGACGGAAGCCGUAAGCACGCAAGCCACGUUGAUGGGCCUAAAAGGAGAGUACGAAGGUCCAGUCGAGGGUGUCGUGGUGGAAUCGAAAGUCGAUUCCCAUCGAGGCAAACUGUCGACGGCCAUCGUUUCUCGCGGAACACUCCGUAAAGGUGCGGUACUAGUGAGUGGUCAAGCAUGGGCCAAAGUGCGCGGACUGUUCGAUCAUGCCGGACAACCAGUAAUGUCCGUUACACCCGGUAUGCCGGUCGAGAUUCUUGGCUGGCGUGAGCUGCCCGUGGCCGGUGAACAGAUACUGGAGGUUGAUUCGGAAAAGAUGGCGCAUUCGGUGCUUCGUUGGCGCGCAAAUCAGGCGAUGGUCGAGAAGGCGUUGACCGACGCAGAGGCAAUCAAUCAGAAACGCAAGGAACACGAGGAUCAGUACAAAGCGGAGCGUGAAAAAGCACGACUCUCGGGAUACUACCGACGGAAACAGCAAGGACCGCGAGCGAAAGAGUCGGUCAGCGACGAUGGUACACCGCGGGUGAACGUGAUCGUCAAGGGAGAUGUGCAUGGUUCGGUGGAAGCCAUUCUCGAUGUUCUGGACACGUACGAUGAUAACGAGCGGUGCCGAUUGGAUGUGAUUCAUUAUGCGGUUGGAGAUGUGAAUGAGAGUGAUGUCGAGCUGGCCCGACUAUUUGAUGCUCUUAUCUAUGCAUUUUCGGUGAAUGUUCCAAAGAAACCAAUCCCGGAGGUGUCGAUCCGGCCGACAAACAUCAUCUACCGGUUGGUGGAUGAUUUGAAGAAGGAAAUCAACGCCAAACUACCCCUGGUGGAUGUAGAGGAAGAGGUUGGCGAGGCGAACGUCUUACAGCUGUUCGAUAUCAACGAAGGGCGACGAAAGGUCACGGUGCUCGGGUGUCGCUGUACCAAAGGACUGCUGAAAAAAUCACACAAAUACAAGAUAAGGAGAAACGGAGAGUUACUUGCUGAGGGGCUGAGUUUGGAGUCGAUGAGACAUUUGAAGAAUGAAGUGGAUAGCAUCAAGAAGGACGUCGAGUGUGGACUCCGGUUAAUGGAUCAGUCGAUCGAACUGAAAGUGGGAGAUACGAUAGUCUGUUAUCAGAUCAAUAAGCAACCUCAGGAGACAGAGUGGGAUCCGGGAUUUUAGCCAAAUGUUAUGUUGACUGCCGUUUGUCGUUGUCGUUCGAAUAACUGCUGCUUAAUUAAUAUAAGAACAAAG